GACUUUUGAGCAAAUUAAUGUUUCAGAGUAUGAUGUAUUCUGUCCCUCCAAUAAUCCCUGCAAAGAGUUAUUUAAGCUGACAAAUGGGUGUACCCUGCACAACAUCAUGAAUUUUAUUGACACACGCCCAUACCAUGGAAAUCUGGAUCUUCAUGGCCUUAAAAUGCGACUUCAAUCAUAUUACCAAGAAGAGCUCCAGCAGUUGAUCCUUAUGCCUCUACCUGACACAACCAUAAUAUCCCAGGAUCCUUUCUCAGACAUCUCUAUGCAGGAGAUGGAGAAACUCCUUUCCUUAAUGUUGGGAGCUGCGGUCCAGUGUGAGAACCGGGAACAAAUUAUUACGAGAAUCCAGACCUUGAGCUUGGAGUCACAGACCAUGCUGGCUGAAAAAAUCAAAGAGAUGACUCAGGAUUCUCAGAAGAUCUUAUCCUUCCCAGGGCCCGAUUUGUCUUAUCUCUCCCACUCUGACUUGCAAAAGGUGGUCCACAUUCUCAGUACUCACCUGAAAGAAAUCCUGAGGCAGAGAGAUGAAACCCAUGAGCGGUUGUCUUUUCUCUGUUGUGACCAGCAGACAGUUCUGACUCCACAUAUAGACCCCAAAGCUCAAAGGUUGUCCAAAAAUUUGGUAUCUGAACCCCAGGCCUGGAAGAAUUACACACAGCGUAUUGCUGAAUUACAGAGUAAAUUACAACACCUUCGUCAAGAACUGGAAGAAAAGGGGGAAGAAUUACUGGACAGUGAGCAGCAGAUGCAGCAAAUGGAGGCUGAGAAAAGGAAGCUACAUCUACAGGUUGUAGAGCUCUCUUCCAUGGCUGCAUUCGCUUGUGGCUACCGUGAUGAACUGGAUGCACUAAGAGAGCAUUCUCGACAUUAUGAGGCACAAAUAACCUCUUUGACUGAAAAAUUACGUAACAUGGACUUCUAUCGUCGAUCUCUACAGGAGGAAAAGGACUUCUCCAAACAUCUUAUGGAAGAUAAGGAAGUAUUGGAGCAGCAACUGGCUACUGAGAGAGAGCGCUCUGAAAGGCUGCGUCUGUGUGAAAGAGAAAAAAUGUCCCUAGAAGAGAAAUUACAAAGAGUGGAGAUGGAGAGAGAUUCUGAGUCCCAAAGAGUACAGCUUCUGCUCCAUGAUAACCUGUCUUUGGCUGAGGAAAUAAGAGUGAUAAGGGCAGAGACAACACUGAGAUGGAAAACAAUGUAUGAGUCUGACUCCAAGUCUGAUGGAGAGACAGAGCAUGGAUGGGAGAGGCAUCAAGGCAAUGACACUGAAAUUCUAGACCUAAAUUCAGAGCUAUCUGAAGCUCUGUUACGAUUGGAGAGAGAAAAUCAGAACCUGAAAGAAAGAUUACACACUCUUAAGGGAGAAAACCUAGACUCUGAGACUUCAGCACAACAUGCACAGAGCAAGAAAUACAUUCAAAGUCUAAAUCAGGAGUCAGAUGGAGGCAGUUUGGGUGAAAAAGAACAUCUCCAGAAAGAGUGGGAAAUAAAACUGUACGAAAGACUAGAAUCAGAACAGUUAACUAAGAUACAGUACAAGACUGAUGUAAAUGUACAAAGCUCUCAGGAACAACUGGAGCAAAACUUUGAGUCUGAUGAAUUACAAAGCGGUCCAACAGAGGAAAUGUAUUCAGAAGAAAAAAUACAAAAGUCUGAAAACAGAGAUGACGAGACACCUGAGGAACUACAUGAUGCUACUACUAGUACCAGUAUAGAACAGUCAAUGGGAAGGCUUGUGGAAAAUAGUUCAGUACACCUUAAACAGGUGGGUCAGUUGGAAGAGAAUUACAAUGAGAUGCAAGUACUCAACAAAGUAGUAGAAGAAAGAUCAAUUAGGCAAUAUUUAGAAAAUAGAAACACAGAUGACUCAGAACCAGUUCAGAGACAGCUGGAAAGGAGAGAAAGAGACAGGUUACAGAUGGAGUUGGAUGAGAAGAACAAAGAAGUACAAGUCCAGAACAGAAAACUGGAAGUGAAAGCUGGAGAGAUACAGAUGCUAAAGAAACAGCUGGUGGAAAAAGAAGACGAGAAACAGCUUCAGCAAAGACUACUCCAAGAAAGUAUCACAUUGACAGAAUACUUACAGACACGCCUCCUACAAUCAGAGGAGUCACAUCUGCUAAAUAAGCACCUUCAAGAGAGCGCUGAGGAGGUUCAGGCUUUAAAGAAACAUCUAGAAGAAAGCAUCCAAGACAUGAAAUACCUAACAAGGCAGCUCCACGAUUGUAAGUUUCAAUCACUGAGGAAGCAGCUUGAGGAGAGUGCAAUGGAAAUGCAGUCACAAAAGAGACACCUUGAAGACAGUAUAGGGGACAAUCAGUUACUGAAGGGGCAAUUAGAAGAAAAGGGACUUUUGGAACAGUCUCUGAAAAUACAACUAAAAGAAAUAACUGCAGACAUCCAGGUUAUUAAAAUACAGUUGCAAAAUAGUACCACAAAGGAGCAGUCUAUAAGGAAACAGCUAGAAGAAACUGCAAGAGAGAAGUAUUCAUGUGAAAAGCUACUGGAAGUGUGUUCCCAGGAGGUAGAGUUCUUAAAAAAAAAUCUUCAUGAGAGAGAAGGACAGAUACAGUCACUAAAGAGAGAACUACAAGAGAUAACUGAAGAGGCAAAGUAUCUAAAGAAACAAAUGGGGGUGAUACAUGAUAUAUACCUUUUACAAUUUAAGCAGAUCACAGAAGAAAGUGGGGCUUCAGAGUUAGUUUCACUAAGGAGACAGUUGCACAAGACAGUUGAGGAAGAAAAGUGUCUUGUUAAAAACAUUUUUGAGGGUAUGGAAGAAAGAAACUAUCAAAGACAAGUUGAGGGGAAAGAGGAAGAAAUAUUGCCUAAAACAGAGCUACAAGACAGAGCUCAAGAGAUUAUAUCACAGAAAGGACACCUAGAUACCGACAAAAGAGCCAUGAGUUUAAAGAAAAAUGUAGUAAACAAUAAUCUCGAGUUGCAGUCACUGAGAAAGUACUUGGUAGAGAAGGCAGAAAACAUACAGUGUCAGAAGAAACAAGUGAAACAGAAUGACAAAGAGAGAGAAAAACAAGGAUGGAAAUUUGAAGCAAGCUCUGAAGAAACACAGGACAUAAAGGCUAUGCUUGAAGAGAGAGAGGUACACGAGCAUGUUUUGAAAGGACAAGUGCAUGAAAUGGGUGAAGAUGUGCACUCCCUGGAAAGACAGUUGAAGGAGAAUGAGAAAAUAUGUGUCACGAGCCAGCUUCAUGAAGGAACUAAGGAGACAAAUGCACAGCAAAGACAAGUAUUUGACACAGAAGAAGCAUGUUUGCUAAAGAGACAGCUUGCCCAAAGUGCUGGUGAAACUGUGUCACUAAAAAGACACCAACAGCUUUUUGAUAGGGCAGAUAAAACAGAUUUACAGAAUAAACAUCUGGAGGAAAGCACUUACAUGACACAGUCACUGAGUAAGGAGUUACAACUUCAGACACAGCUUCCAGGGGGAACUGAUGAAACAAAAGUUCUACAGAAAGAGUUGCAUAAUCACUGUGAGGCAGAUUUACUAAAAUGGCAGUUACAAAGCAGUCCUGAACAUGCACAAUGUGCGGCGAGUGGGGUUCAAAUGAACUUGGAGGUGGCUGAAUUUCCUGAUAUACAGUCUCAGGACACAGAAAUAGACCAGCAAAAUUACAGGAGGUUGCUGGAAGAAACCAAACAGAAUAUAGAAUUACAGGAAAUACAACUCAAGCAGUGUACAGUAAAGGAAAAGUCCCUUGUGUACAAAUUGAUAGACAAAGAGAAAUCCGAACUAUCACAUACUAGAAAACUAGAAGAGGCUACAGAAGCACUAGAAAUGUAUAAAAACAUUUUAAAGGUGGAAUCUCCCAGUAGGUACAUUCAACAGCAUCAUCAAAAGGGGCUAUUCAAAAAGAAAACACAUUUCCUGCCUCAGAAAGAACAGUUCCAAAAAGCUCAGAUCUAUUCACAAAUGCAAGUAGAAAAGAGAAAAGAAGAGCCACCAAAGAUACAUUUUGAAGAGGGCACUGGCCAACUUCUCUCUCAUCCACUCUUAAACAGCAAUAAUUCUGAACUUUCCAAUAUAUCAAUCAACCCCGUCCAAAAAUCUAUUACAGAACCACUCCUCACUGUUUCUGUCCCCUUUGUCUCUAUUACUACCACAAAUGUACCAUCCCUUCAGGUAUCAACCCAUGUAUCCUCUAUCCUACCUUCACCUGUCUCACUUUCUUCACCUACACCUGUUUCUACCAUCCUUUCUAUAUCUGUUGAUAACACCCUGCCUAAAUCCACCAACCUGCCUCCAUUUUCCUCACUUUCUCUUCCUACUUCUACAUCUGGCCUCCAUUCUCUGUUCCAUCCUGAUUCAUCAGUUCCACAGACUUCUAACCAAUUUCCUACCCCUAUCUAUAUUCAUGAGUCAACACUCUCCUUGCUGCUGCUGGAGGUGCAAGAAGUACGUAAAGAGCGUGCAGAGAUUCAGGAACGCUAUGAGUCAUUACUCAGGCAGGAAGUAGAGCUGGUGAAUGCCCAAAGAGAACGCCGUACAGGAAGGAGUGCUCUGAGGGUACUGAGGCAAGAACACCAAGAGCUUCAGCAGAGGUUUGCUGAGCUGUCAGUGAAUCAAGAACAAAUACAGCAGCAACAACAGAUGAAACUGCAGGAGCAAGAGUGCAACAUGCAAAAACUGCAGAUGGAAAAUCAGAAACUGCAUGAAGAACAGAAGAGGCUACAAGAUGAGAUAUCUACAUUGGAAAUAACUAUAGGAGACAAGGUUGCAGAACUGAGGGAAGCGAGAAGACAGUUAACUUUGGAGCAGAGAGAAAAGGAGCAGCUGGAGAGAGAAUGCAGAGAAAUGAAAGAGACUGUGCAGCGUCUAGAGAUUAGCAAUACAGCUCUUUCUGAUCACUAUCAGGUAUUGUCUCAAGUAAAACUAUCUCUUCAAGAUCAGAACAACCUUAUGCUGUCUCAAAUACAUACUCUGAGUCGUGAUAACCGGGAAUUAUUAGAGCGUAGUCUAGAGAGUGGAGAAUUGAGGCAAGAAGAGGAGAGACGAUACAGGGAGAAACUUACAGAACUCAAAAAUGAGAAGCAGAAGCUGCUUGACAAGAUCAUGGAUCAAUAUAGAGUACUGGAACCAGCUUCAACAAUACCCAGCCACCAUAACAGGAAAGGUAACUGGAUAGCUGAUAAGAUGAAGAGGCUCCUCAGGUCACGUGAAAGAACCCCCAAAAUACUCAAUGAAUUACCAUGUCUCCUUAGCCCUCCCAAUGAGCCUCCAGCAGAGGCAGAGACAACAGUUAAGAGUACAGUGGUUCUCCGGCGUAGCAAGAGCUCUGUCUCCUCUCCCUCACUGCCAGCUCAUGCAACAAAUACUAGUUCACGCCAUGCAAAGUUAAGCUCCAUCAUCCGUAGCAGUGAAUCUUUCGGUGAAGCAGAUUCCACUCCCCGUGAGCGAUUUCGUCUAAGGCGUAGGGGCCAUAUCCUUGAAAUCAACAAAGAUGAGCCUGCAGGUAUGAAUUAAAAGAAUUUAAGCAGAAAUGUAAAAAAGGAUUCACAGUCCAAUGGCCCCUGCAUCCAUCUGUAUGAUUACUGGAGGGGUGAUGUACACAACAGUAUUUGGCACAUGGGGUGGAUCCAAUAUUUUACACCCCCACCCCACUUUAAAAUGUAAAAUACCCAGAAUUUGAUGUUUGCAAAAAUAGAUUACGCUGCUUUAUCCCAGCAUUUCUCCACCUUUCCUGCACCGUCAGGAAUUGCUAACUUGCUAUCUUUGUCUUCGAACACCUUGUCAGUGCCCCAAGCAGCUUGUCUGCUGGCACAUUUUGGGAGGAGGGGCAGGCAUAGCCAAGCCAUAGGCCCCUUGCAUCCCAGUCUC